CUAUAUUAACAACUUUAUUCAAUAAAACCAUAUUCUGUGAACACGUAUUACGUCAUAUAAAAGAAUCCUGUACAAAUUAAUAUAUAUUUUUUUGCUUUUGUCAUGAAUUUAUUAUGUAUUAAACUAUAAUUUGCGGUUUUGAAUUAUUAUCACGUAAUUUCGUGUUCAAGUAAGGCUUUCAAAUUUUUAAUCUAAUCUAAGUGUGUUUUUGGGUGAAAACAUGACAUUUUGUUUUUUUUUAGUGAAAUAAUAGCGUAAACGUUAUUUGACCGAAACGAGACAAGUCAGCGUCGUAUCGACUUUGUCUGCGCAUUCGUCUGCAUUAUAUUGUGAAAAUAACGAGAACCUAGAUAAGCAUCGCGACAUUUAUUGACGCCCGUUGAAGAAGAUUAUUUUUCCCUGUCAUAUAUGUUGAAAUUUCUUAUCGAACCUUUUAUACAUAUACAGAAGACAUUCUGCAUUUUAAAUUAUUCGAUUCUUAGUAAUUUCUUCCGCAAUUAUCGCACGUUCCAUAAUACAAACUUCUGUGUUUGUUGCUGUCCAGAAAAAUGAAUGAAAAAUGAUAUUACGCUUAAUAAUGUUUUGCAACCAUCCUUUUAUCCGUAAUUCCAAUUAUCCGCAAUAUAGCGUUGAUAAAUUAAUGCUGCCAAAAAAUAUCUAUAUCGCUCAAAGCCCGAAAAAUAGUAUCGAUGGAAUGAAGAUAAUUGAAGAAAAAUAGCUCAUUAAUAUGAUAUCUUAACGUGUUCUCCCAAUGAUGCACUUUGCGCUUCGGGGCCGAAGUUCCGUGUCUCUGGCGCAUGUUUAACGUAUGAUAUGACAAGCGGAUUUGAUACUUUGAACGCAAUCUGCGUUGAUAUUUUUUAAUAUUAAGAUCUUCGCACAGUAGCGCGUGUAAUAUUGCGUGAGAUACAUUAGCAAGGAUAUUUUUCUUCGUCGUAACCCACCACAGUUAAAAAAAAAGGUUGCCAACUAAUUCGAGCCUCAAUAUCUCCUACAAUAUGCUCGGACCUGCGCUGAACAUGCUUCGCUAGGUCGGCGGAAAGUAAGCCGAAUCAGUAUCGCACCCCACACGACGAGGGUUGGUUGUUCAUCAAUAGUUGGCAGAGACGAGGCGAUUACGAACGGAUCUCUCUCCAUUGACGGAGAUUAUCUCAAAAUAUACCAUUCUGCACUCUGUACGGUUCAUCUGCAGUGUUUUCUCUUAUUUUAAACAACAACUUAAAGGCGAUUCCAUCAAAGAAGACAAUUUAUUUUAUUCUAUGAAGUAAUAAGUUCAUUCACGAUAUGGAGAUACAGUUAAGCGAAACCGACAAUGAGGAGAGCUUCAAGUGCAAUGACACGACGGAAUUGCCGAGCGAAAUGCGUUUCAACGACGGUCACCUCGUGACGAUAGUCACUUACAGUAUCCUAAUGAUAAUAUCGGCCGCCGGGAACAUUAGCGUGCUGAUAAUGACUAUAAUAAAGAAGCGAAAAUCCAAGUCUCGAAUAAACACCCUCAUAAUGCACUUGGCGAUCGCCGAUCUCCUUGUGACAUUUUUAAUGAUGCCGCUUGAAAUCGGAUGGUCGAUAACAGUAUCGUGGGAAGCCGGAGACGCGAUGUGUCGUAUAAUGGCUUUCUUUAGGAUGUUCGGCCUAUACCUUUCAUCCUUUGUAAUAGUUUGCAUAAGUAUAGACAGAUAUUACGCUGUAAUGCGGCCUCUCCAAAUACUGGACGUUUACAGGAGGGGGAAAAUAAUGCUGAUGUUCGCGUGGAUUGGUUCCGUGCUGUGCUCCUUGCCGCAGAUGUUGGUGUUUCAUCUCGAGACGCAUCCGAAUUACACCUGUUACACCCAAUGCAUAACUUUCAAUUUCUUCCCGUCACACAUGCACGAAAUUUCCUAUACUUUAUUCGGCAUGUUGAUAAUGUAUUGGUUCCCACUUAUCGUAAUAUUCUACACUUAUAGCAGUAUUUUCAUGGAGAUCUGCCGCAGGUCCAAAGAGAAGAGCGAAGAUAAAAUACGUCGUUCCUCGAGCGGUUUUCUAAGUCGAGCGCGGGUACGCACUUUAAAAAUGACGAUAACCAUUAUUGCCGUAUUUAUUAUGUGCUGGAGUCCUUAUUACGUGAUGAGCGUUUGGUACUGGUUCGAUCGGCCGUCAGCUGAGAAAGUCGACGAACGCAUUCAGAGAGCCCUUUUCUUCUUCGCGUCCACCAAUUCCAGCAUGAAUCCCAUCAUCUACGGUAUUUUCAAUAUACGUCAGAGAAACAAAGCAAAGCUUCAAUCCCAUCCCCUUCUAAGGCCCAUCAACACAACUAUGGAACUUCCAGUAGUCGCAUACGCCAAAGAUUCCAUUUUCACCAUUUUCGUAAUUGCCUUACCGAUUCUCUUUAAUCCCUCGACUUCAUAUAACAGACGCUCGUCGCAUGAUCGUGACGCCGAUGCGUGCAGCCACCAUCGAGACCAGGCUCACGCCGCUGUCUCUGUCCGUCAAGCUCCUCGAUUGAUGAUGAACGCGACGUUUGCCAGAUCAAACAGAUGUGUCUAGAAGAAUGUGAAUCUUUCUAUGAAAAGGAACAAUCAUGAAUUGCGAUCGUGAGUUGCGAUUCGAACGACACAUCUUCACCGUCCAUACGCGAUGCAAAUUCUAUAUAGCGUCGUGUACAUAGAACCGUUAAAAAAGUCUUCUAUUUAUAUAUUUUUAGAUAUAUAUAUAUAUAAUAAGAUUAGACUACAACAAAAAAAAUAAUAAAAAACGAUCGCGAUCGAGUUACGCUCGAUGGAUCCUUGAUGCAAUGUACAAGCGAACGAAUUUUCCUCAGUGAACUACAUAUUAUACUCAUCCAUUUCUAGAUAUAUUUAUUUCGAUGUUAGUUAAGUUUUAUAGAAUAAGUGACCGAGUGAUUUUUAUACGAUAUAAUUACGAUAUUAUUACGAUAUAAGUAGUGUUUAAUAAGUCAGUACAAGCUUCGUGAUAUGUGUCUUUUUUAUAAUUUUGCGAUGCAAGAUUGUACAAACAAGUUGCGUGAGCUAUUUACAGCACUGCUAAUAAUUUCGCGUUUAUAGUUUCGUAUUUUUCUAAUGGAGAAAAAAAAUACGAAGAAAAUCCAUCUUUGUAUUUUGCGUUUUGUGUUCGCGUGUUACGCACAUUUUUCUCGCCACUUAAGAGCCUUAAAUAUAAGCCUGCAAAAUUGAUUUUUUUUUAAUUUUUAUAAUAUUAUUUCUGUACAAAAAAAAUGAAAUAAAAUAUUAAUACAUGUGACACGUAAAGUGCGUAAGGACUAUUCAUCCCGCGUAUUUGGAUAGCGUGAUGUAAUAACGCGACAACGUAAUAAUGUAUUUCGAUUCGUAAAGUAAUCAUUGUAAGCACUUUUUUUUUUCUCAGAAUCGAACACAUCAAUGCCAGCUCAUUGUAGUCUCAAUUGACUUAAAUCUGCGUGACUCCGUGCCGGGUCUGAUGCGAUAUAUGUGACGAGCCUGUGUUACAUAUAUCAAGUUCAGGGCGCACAUUAUAUCCGUAAUGCCGCUUAAUUAAGAACGAAGAAUUGAUCACACAAUUCAGAAUGGACUCCGCAAAGUCUCGGUCGGCAUCCGACACGGCUAGAAUGUAGUUAAUGACGAGGAUGAAAUGACUCUGGGUCGAAGCGAUCCCUUUCGUUCCGCGUGUUUGCAACGGAACGUGUACGACGUGAACGAGAUACGCGGCAUAACGUAUCGAAAUGUAGGAACGAAGCAUUUCGCCACGUUAUAAUCGGCGAGAGAAAUCGGGAGAGAGACAUAUGUGCUUAUGCCAGUGACGUGAAAUUUUACGAAUGUACAAAAUUAAUCUAUGUUUAUAUUAAAAAUAUUAUCGAUCCGGCAAGAAGUGAACGCGAUUUGAAAAGAAUUCGUAUAGAAAUUUACUUUUAAUUAAGUCACGGAGAGUUUGCGAAAGUUGCGUAUUUUAUUUUAGAGACAUUCUAGGUAUAUAUUAUGCGAUCUAUUUUUAUUUUAUCAAUUUUCUCAAAUUAGUAAUGUCAUUAUUUCCGAGAGAUCGCGCUCGAUUGUAAAAUUAGUAUAAUCGAGUUUCGGAUAAAUCUUUCUUCUAUUUUUCAAAGACACCGUGUACGCUGUUAGAGGAAACUAGGCUUCGCUAUGCAGCAUGUCUACGAUUUGAAACUAGUGUGGAUGUGUAGGUGGGACCACUUCCCACACAAGCGUAACUGGCACAGGAGCGACAUUGUAAUAUACCUGUUGCAAGGUCCACCGCAUCGAAGGGAUAAAGUAAACUUCCAUCGAAAUAUUCCAUGGAGAAUAGCUUAUUUCCUUAAAAAAAAAAAAAAAAACAAUAUAUAUUAGCAAUAUAUAUUAGCACAAUGUGACGACAGCAUUGGCGACAGUUUUAUUAAGAUUAAUAUGCUCCGAAGUAAUAUGCUAAUAUAUUCUCGAUAUUAAUUGAUUCCGCCGAGAAGUUUACUCAUGUCACCGUAGAAGGAAGAGAUUAAUUUAUAUUGGUGCCGGUUGUGUCUAUUUGUGACUCUCGGCGCGCCUUUUCGCUAUGACUAUUUCAUAUCGUAUAAAAAAGAAAAACAACCUUGUAGGCGUGUGCAUACAAUAUCGUCACAGGAGUAAUGUAUUAGUGACAUCAGGACUAAUCAUUCAGACAGAUCAUGCGGGCAAUAAUAUUGCUUACUCUAUUAUCCGUUUCCCUAACCAUUAUACAUGAAUGAUCUAUCGUACAAUUAAAUGUAUUUAAUUUUUCAUACAAGAGUAAUUUAUUAAAUAAACAUUUAAAGAAUAAAAUCUUUAAAAAAAGAAAGAAA